AUGGCUACCUUUACUCGCAUUGCGGACGAUGAGCGUCCUACCAUCUCAGUUGAUCCCAGUGCUGUUCUGUCCACCAUUGACGAUAACAUCUAUGGUGGUUUCACAGAACACAUGGGUCGCUGCAUCUACGGCGGCAUCUACGACCCCGGCAACCCUCUCUCCGAUGAGAAUGGCUUCCGAAAGGAUGUCAUCGAGGCCAUGAAGGAUCUCAACUGCCCUGUUGUGCGAUAUCCCGGUGGUAACUUUGUCGCUACGUAUCAUUGGCAAGAUGGUGUCGGUCCUCGAGAGAAGAGACCUGCCAGACCUGAGCUUGCUUGGAUUGGCACUGAGUCUAAUGAGUUUGGUACGGAUGAGUUUUUGAAGUGGUGUGAAGUUGUCGGCACUGAGCCUUACUUGUGCCUCAACUUUGGAACUGGCACUCUCGACGAAGCCCUCGGAUGGGUCGAAUACUGCAACUCCGACCGCCCCAGCUACUACGCCAACCUCCGUCGUCAAAACGGCCGCGAGAAGCCUUACAACGUCAAGUACUGGGCUCUCGGAAACGAAAUGUGGGGACCAUGGCAAGUCGGCCAAAUGACAAAGGAAGACUACGCAAAGAAGGCCUACCAAUGGGCAAAGGCCAUCAAGCUCCUCGAUCCCAGCGUCACUCUCAUCCUCUGCGGUGAGACAGGCCACAGUACCUGGGACUCGUACGUUAUCAAGGAGUGCAUCAAGUUUGACGUGCACGGCCUUGGAGGCAGCACCACUGCUAGUCUCAUUGAUCAGCACAGCAUUCAUAUUUACACUGCUAGCUCAGAUCAUUACAAGAACGCUACCGCCCCCCGAUCUGCUGAGAGAGCCAUCGAAAUCACAGCCGGCCUCAUCGAUCUCGCCCGCAUCGAAAACAACGUCCCUCCCACCGUCCCUCGUCAAAAGAUCUGCUUCGACGAGUGGAACGUCUGGGAUCCCGAGCGCGCCCCCGGUGAAGAGGGCGCUGAGGAGAAGUACAACCUCUCCGACGCCCUGGCCGUCGCCAUCUGGCUCAAUGUCUUCGUCCGCCAGUCCAAGCACGUCGGCAUGGCCAACAUCGCCCAGAGCGUAAACGUCAUCUCUCCCCUAAUGACCACCAAGGACGGUAUCCUCAAGCAGCCUACCUGGUGGCCUCUCCUUCUUUACAGCAAGUACAUGCGCGGUUCCACCAUCGCCGUCAACGUCCGUGGUGGUGAAUACCUAGGUGACACACAUCCCAAGUGGAUCCGCGGCACUAUCGAGACUCCUUGGUUGGAUGUCAGUGCGGCGUUGGAUAAGGAUGGCACUGUCAACCUCGCCGUGGUGAACAUCCAUGAAGAGAAGGACUUUGAGACCGAGUUGAAGGGCUUGGUUGGAAAGGACGUUGAGGUGCAUAGUGUUAGCGGCAAGGAUGUCAAGGUUGUCAACACGGCCGAGAAGGAGGAGGUUGGUAUUAAGGAGUCCAAGUGGAAUGGUGAGGGCUUGUUUACGUUCCCCAAGCACUCUUUUACUCUGUUGCGAUUCAAGCAGUAG